AUGAGAGGUUUUCCAGGCCAUUUCCUUCGAUCCAACUUGACCUCCAACCCCAGUCUGCCCUCGCCCACGCUCAACGCCACAAACACCACCGAGGUCAGCAACAACGCCACAGUCAAGCCCUUCAGCGUCUUCGACGGAUGCGAGGGCAUGGAGGAGGGCAUCCUCUUCGACCUGGCCAUCCAGCUGUUCAACGUCGUCCUGGGCAUCCCCGCCAACAUCCUGGUCAUUGUCAUCUUAAUCAAGCAGCGCCACGAGCCCACCACGUCCGACAUCUUCCUGGGCUGCCUGGCUUUCAUGGACGCCUACUUCGGCGCCAUGACGCCCAUCAUCUUCGCCAACCUCUACCACUGGCAGAGCAUGAAGGUCUGGAUGGCCAUCAAGUUCGCCUACGGCGUGAAGGACACCAGCGGACCCCUGUUCCUCUCUUGUAUCUGCCUGGACCGCUUUGUGGCCGUCAUCCUCCCCAUCGCUUUCGGUCAGCUCAAGCACCCCAAGUAUAGGAUCUCCCUCUCGGUUUUCGUGCUGUGUCUCACGUUUGCGUACGCCGCCGCCAAGAUGUUCCCCGGCCUGCCGGACUUUGAGAAGAUCUUCACGGGCGAGGUGCUGGCCACCUUCGUCUGGAUGAUGGUCUGCAACGCCUCCAUCCUGCUGGCGCUCAAGCGCUCCAAGGGAGCCGGCAAGGACGAGAUGCACCCCAUGAAGAAGAAGGCCUUCAAGAUGGUGCUCUCCAUCAUGGUCAUCAUCAUUGUCAACUACCUGCCACCGGUAGCUCUCUUCCCGUUCGAGGAGGCCUACUCCGCGGAUGCCUUCCGCUGCUACGUGCAGCCGGUGGGGUUCGCCUUCCUCAACAUCAGCAGCAGCAUCCAGCCCAUGAUCUACCUCUCGCGCCUGGAGAAGGUGCCUUUCCUGCCGGAGGCCUGGACCGCCAGGUGCUGUGGCCACAACCAGCCUGACAAGAACAGUAGGCCUAACACCAAGACUCCCACAGCUGCUGCCAGCACAGAAACCAUAGCAACCGUUUCAUCCACCACACCUUUGUCAGCGCCAGCCUAA